GACGUGGAUGCGAAGCCAGCUCACGCGCACGCUCGCGGGCUCUGAGGGCAGCCAGUCUGUCCAUCCGCCCGUGGGGAGUGGGCUUGCUGGUGCAGAACCUGUCCCGCGUGCUCGCGCCUCUGGGGCCCCCCGUGAGGUUCUGGGAGGAAAUCCUGGGUGUUGAAGCCCCCGGGGUGGGUCGGGCAGGCUCCAGGUGCCAAGGGCGUCCUCUGGGCCUCCUCCAGGGGCAGUGGCUGCGCAGCAGCAGUAGCAGCUCCCCGCCCCUUCUCUCGGACCCCGAGUCAUGGAGAGGAGGCUCCGCGAGGCGCAGCAGUACAAAGAGGAGGGGAACCAGCGCUACCGGGAAGGGCGCUACCGGGAUGCUGUGAGCCGAUACCACCGGGCCUUGCUUCAGCUUCGGGGCCUCGACCCGACCCUGCCAUCCCCGCUGCCCCCGCUGGGCGCCCGAGGCCCGGCGCUCACCAUCGAGCAGCAGAAGGUGCUGGAGAGCACGCAGACCGACUGUUACAACAACCUCGCCGCCUCUCUCCUUCAGAUGGAGCCAGUAAACUAUGACCGAGCGAGAGAAUACAGUCGGAAGGUCUUGGAGCGCCAGCCGGCCAAUGCCAAGGCCUUGUACCGGGCAGGAGUGGCCUCUUUUCACUUACAGGACUAUGACCAGGCCCGACGCUACCUUCAGGCCGCCGCUGACCGUCAGCCGAAGGAUGCCAACGUCCGGCGAUACCUGCAGCGGACAGAAUCCGAACUGAGCAGCUGCCACCAAAAAGAAAAGCAGCUUUACGUGGGCAUGUUUGGUUAGCCCAAGACAGAGGCCUUGCUAGAGGGCGGACCCCUAGAUUCCCCCCUCCCCCCCCAGCUGGAAGCAGGGGCUUCAAGUAGAAGAAAUGGGCAGUCCGCCUGCAGCCUGCCUGGGCUGCGCUUUGACUUCCGUCCCUGCACAGACUCCUCUCCUCUCCCUGGCCUUCUCCGUGCUUCUGUCCAGCAUCUUCUUGUAGCCUCGAGGAGCUCUCCUGGGAAACACCAGAACAAGCCAACUAGAUGCAAGUGGAAUAAAUGACCUCAGUGAGCUGCGGAUUCCAAGAAGUGGAUGGCCGCUGAGGCUGGCAGAAAGGGGUGUGAGAAGGGUGGACGGGAACAAGGCUUCCGUUCUCCUUCCUUAGAAAGUCAGUGGACCUUUUGGGACGAUGGGUGUUUGGGGGGCAUCAAAGGACAGCCUGGUAGGCUGGGAAUGCCCUUUCUGGGCCACAUUCUCAUUUUGUUUUUCGUGAUAAUGAAAAUCAGAGGUUAGGCCAAAAUGUAUUAAAAUUUAACGUUAGAAUGGGUUAAACUGACGCAGA